CGUCGUCGUUUAAGACCCACAACACGCCGGAACGCGGAUACUCUAAACCAUAGUUCUAAAGAUCCAGAACAACAAUGAGCGCCGCCCAUACCGAACGCUUCAUUCCUGAGCGUCAAAAGCUCGACCAACUUUCCAUCGUCAAGGACUAUGCCACUGUUCCGCGCCUUGAGUACCGAACCAUCGCUGGCGUGAAUGGUCCUUUGGUUAUCUUGGACAAUGUCAAGCUUCCUAAGUAUGCCGAGAUUGUUAACUUGACGCUAGGUGAUGGUACCCAGCGAUCUGGCCAGGUUUUGGAAGUGUCGGGGAGCCGCGCCGUCGUUCAGGUGUUCGAGGGCACUGCCGGAAUCGACAACAGGAAGACCCGAUGCGAAUUCACCGGUGAUGUAUUGAAAAUGGGUGUUUCCGAAGAGAUGCUUGGGCGCUCUUUUAAUGGGUCCGGAAAAGUCAUUGAUUCUGCCCCCAAAGUCCUUGCUGAGGCCUAUCUUGAUAUCAACGGCCAGCCGAUUAAUCCAUCGUCACGUGAUUACCCAAAGGCCAUGAUUCAGACUGGUAUUUCCGCUAUUGAUGUCAUGAACUCGAUUGCUCGCGGCCAAAAGAUCCCUAUCUUCUCCGCUGCUGGGCUGCCACACAACGAGGUCGCUGCCCAGAUCGCUCGUCAAGCCUCUCUGGUAAAGCAAAAAGACACCAUGGAUGGACACGAAGACAAUUUUGCUAUUGUCUUUGGUGCCAUGGGUGUAAACAUGGAAACCGCCCGUUUCUUUCGUUCUGAUUUUGAAGAAUCUGGUGCAAUGCAGCGUACUGCUCUUUUCUUGAAUCUUGCCAACGAUCCCACGAUCGAGCGUAUCAUUACUCCCCGUCUAGCCCUUACCACUGCGGAGUACCUCGCGUACGAACGCGAUUUGCAUGUUUUGGUCAUUCUUACCGAUAUGUCUUCGUACGCCGAUGCCCUUCGUGAGGUUUCUGCCGCCCGUGAAGAAGUCCCUGGACGCCGUGGUUACCCUGGUUACAUGUACACGGAUCUUUCCACUAUUUACGAACGUGCAGGUCGUGUCGUUGGACGCAACGGUUCUAUUACCCAGCUUCCCAUUCUUACGAUGCCAAAUGACGAUAUCACGCAUCCCAUUCCUGACCUUACUGGAUACAUUACCGAAGGGCAAAUCUACCUCGAUCGCCAGCUCCACACCAAAGGAAUUUUCCCCCCUAUCAACGUCCUUCCAUCGCUGUCGCGUCUGAUGAAGUCGGCUAUCGGGGAGGGUAUGACUCGAUCAGAUCACGGUUCUGUGUCUAAUCAGCUUUAUGCCUCUUAUGCCAUGGGUAAGGACGUCAUGGCCAUGAAAGCCGUUGUCGGAGAAGAAGCCUUGUCGAUGGAAGAUCACCUUUACCUCAGUUUCUUGGAGCGCUUUGAAGGCAAAUUCGUGUCUCAAGGUCCUUACCAGGCCCGUUCCAUUUUUGAGUCAUUAGACCUUGCCUGGAGCAUUCUCCGUGCUUUCCCGAAGGAAUUGCUCAAAAAAAUUCCCAAGAAAACUUUGGAUCAAUUCUACGCCCGCCGUCGCGAGGCCGCAGAGGACAUGAACAAGGCAGACGGUUCCGCUUAGAAGAUUGUAAUCCACAUUAGUAAGCGAAGAAAGGAAAAUCU